AUGAAGUUCAUCAUCUUAUUUUUUGCCUUCGCUGCUCUCGCCGCCGCUUCUGAAGUAGAUCCGGAAAUCGAAGACGCAUGGGUUGACUUCAAGGUUCAACAUGGAAAACUCUUCUUGUCACCCGGCAAAGAAAAGAAGCGCAAGGAAGCUUUUGCUGACAACUACAAGAGCUACAAGGUUCACAACGCGGCUUUUGAACGCGGAGAGAUUGCAUACCCCAAGCAAAUUGGCCCAUAUUCGGAUUUGAGACCUCAAGAGUUCAUGAAACGCUUCACAGGUGUACGUUUUGAUGACGUCAAGGAACAUCAUCAUCAUAAACGCGAACACGUCGCUAUGCGUACCCACACUCCUGCCGUUGUUGAUCUUCGUACAGACAUUUGCGUUGGACCCAUCAAGAAUCAAAAUCCUUGCGGAUCAUGCUGGGCUUUCUCUACACUCGCUGCUGUUGAGUACACAGAUUGUAAAAAAUCUGGCAACGUUUUGACCGAUUUGUCUGAACAACAUUUGGUCGAUUGCGUAUACGAUCGUGAUGGAUGCGAAGGAGGAUGGAUGUCAACUGCCAUGGAAUGGAUUCGUGAUAAUGAAGUUGCUAUUGAAGAAGAAUAUCCGUACAACAAGAAGUAUGGUAAAUGCAAUAAGAACUACGUUAAGAAGCCCAAGCACAAGCACAUCAAGAUGAAGGGACAUAAAGAUAAGAAGGGACGUUGCGCAGUCUAUAUCUCGGAUCAUGACGAUGAUAUCAGAGCCGCCGUGAACACUUAUGGAGUUCUCGCUAUUUGCGUUGAUGCCGGAGAUUGGGAUGGUCUUCAAGGUUUCACAGGAAUCUUGACAAAGAACAAUUACAAUAACGCCGAAUGCACACACGCUGUCAACUUGGUUGGUUACAACUUCUCUGAUCCCUCGAAGCCUUAUUGGAUCGUCCGUAACUCAUGGGAUACAUGGUUUGGCGAAAAAGGUUACAUCAAGAUCGAUGCCCGUCGUGAUCCUCAUACCAAGAAGAAUAUGGGAGGUUUCUUCACUAACAGGGUUAUUCGCCCAGAUCUUGAAUAA